GAGUCGCUGGCCACACCGCACAGCUGUCAGUCACUGCCGUCUCUUUAUAUAACCUCAAAACUCAAACCUCAAAAAUAUAAAAUUCGGGAGUCUGGUUGUUUUGUAAGAUUUUUCACUGAAAAUCACACCAUGUCCGAAUUUGAGAACCUUUCCGGCAACGACAAGGAGCUGCAGGAGUUCCUCAUGAUCGAGAAACAGAAGGCACAGGUCAAUGCACAGAUACACGAGUUCAACGAGAUCUGCUGGGAGAAGUGCAUUGGGAAGCCCAGCACCAAACUGGACCACGCCACCGAGACAUGUUUGAGCAACUGCGUUGACCGAUUUAUUGACACCUCGCUGCUGAUCACCCAGCGAUUUGCCCAGAUGCUCCAAAAGCGCGGCGGCGGCGACCUGUAGGUCAGGUCACCAUAUUACUCCAUACUGGGAUCUGGAAAUCCGGGGAGCUUCCGCCACUGUCCUACUGUUAAAGCUAUUUUUAAACAAAAAAUUAUCAUGUAAGCACUUUUUUUCCGCGCUGCGUUCGGUGCUGCUGCUAUCCCGAUAAUAUGUGACCCGUGAUCCGGAAUACACCAUCCGGACAAAGUGCGCCAGCCGGACAAACCGUAAAUCCUGUACCAUAACUCUAUUGUUUUGACGGCCUAACGCUAGCGAAUCCAAAAUAAAUACAACUUUCGUUUUGUAUGUUUAA